AUGUCUUCUUCUUCAACUUCACUCUUCUUCUUCUUCUUUGCUUCCACAUUCCUCUACACUUCAUCAAACUCAUUCAACAUCACAAACAUGUUAUCCCAAAACGAUGAUUUCUCCACCUUCAACAAACUUCUCUCCCAAACCCAGCUCGCUUCUACCAUCAACGAACGUCAAACCAUAACCGUCCUCGCCCUUUCCAACGACGCACUCUCCUCCCUCUCCGACCAAUCGACCGCCGAUAUCAAGAGAAUCCUCAGCCUCCACGUCGUUUUAGAUUACUACGACAUCAAGAAACUCAAGAAUCUGAACAACAAAACAGUAAUACUCACCACUCUCCUCCAAUCGAGCGGUCAAGCUAAAGGCCGACAAGGGUUCCUAAACGCGACCGUUCUGAAAAACGGUGACGUUGUGUUUGGAUCUGCGGUUCCUGGAUCUAUCCUUGACGCUCAGCUUAUAGACUCUGUUGCGUCGCAACCAUUCAACAUCUCGGUGCUUCAUAUCAGUAAUGCUAUACCUAUAAUGAUCGAUGCAAAUACUGAUUCUCCUUAUGUUGCACAUUCACCACUUCCGUCACACGGUAAUGAUGAUGAUUAUGACUAUGACGAGCCACCAUCCCCACCAUCAUCUGCUCCGGCUGCUGCUGCUGCUAAGGCACCUUCUGGAGUAAAAGCCGACUCAACAAAUGGAGUUUCAGCGAUCAGUCCUCAGUUUCACGUGGCGUUUGCGCUCUUGAUGUCAUCCUUUUGGUUGUUCAUAACGGUCUGGUGA